AUGUCGUCUUCUGACUCAGAGGAAGAAGAAACACAACAGAUGUUAGCGAUAGAAACGCAGAAGCUCCGUGAAAUCUUGGAAGAUGUUGGCAGGAUGGCCAUUGAGACACAGUCACUAAUUAGAGCAAAUGAGGGAUUAAAGAUUGAAGUAGUGAACUUAAAACAAGCAGCACUUCAAAAAGACAAGCUUAUUCGGGAUAAAGACGAAGAAUUUAAAAUGCUGAUUGACAGAAACAAAAAUUUAGAAGUGGAUUAUGCCACACUGGAGAAGAUAAGCACAGACAUAGAAAAGAAAAAUAUCGAAUAUGACAAGGAAAUCACCACCCUGAAGCAGAAAUUCAGGGAUCUGGAUGAGGAUAACAUCAACCUGAAGCUGAAAGUCAACACUCUGGAGGAGAAAAACACCGCCCUGGAGCAGGAAAACACCGCCCUGAAGGAGGAAAACUCAGUUUAUUCCAAGGAAGUCUCUGACCUUAGGCAAGAAAGGACGGUUCUGGAUAAGGAAAACACUGUCUUGAAGAAAGAAAAUGCCGCACUGAAGAAGGAAGAAACCACGAUGAAGGAGGAAAACAACGCGAUGAAGGAGGAAAACAACGCCCUGCAGCUGGAAAAAUCUGACUUCGAGCAGGUAAACAACCUCUUGGAGGAGCAAAACGCCAACUUGGAGCUUGAGGUAGAAGAGCUGAACAAAAGGCUGAGAGACAUAGAGGAACAACAAAACCAGCAGCCAUCUGAAGAGGAAACCCCCAAAGAAAGCCAGUGGGUUUCAGACGAGCCACAGAAGAAGCCACAUCCAUUCAGACGUGUGAUAGGAGGCGUCUGCAACACACUUCUGAAAAUGUACCAAUCAGGCACUCUAAGGUAUUGGGUCGAAAGAUGGUACUUCUAAAUGAAGAAGUGAACCUCCAGGGGUUCAUAGCGAGUCCUGACCAACCUCGAUGGCUUCGUAGCGAGUCCUGUUGGUCUACGGGCUGACCUCUAGGGCUUCAUUGCGAGUCCUUUUGGUCCACGGGCUGACCUCUAGGGCUCAUCGUGAGUCCUGUUGGUCUACGGGCUGACCUCU